AGGCGGAACCUCAACGCUCUUACAGCGCCGCUGCACGGACACAUUUCAGCGACGGAAGGUGUUUGCAGAAGCAGCUUCGGUUUGUUUUGUUUGUUUAAUCGUCGUUUAUUUUAAAUAUAUUCAGAGUUAACAGUAAAGAUGUGGAGGAAAAGCUCGUCUGAGGGCUCUGACCGGUUUGAAUAUCUACAAACUCUGGUCACUGAAUUUCAGGACACCGACAGCGAAGAGGCAAAGGAGCAGGUGCUGGCUAACCUGGCCAACUUUGCGUACGACCCAAAGAACAUGGAGUAUCUGAGGGAGCUGCAAGUGACCGACCUCUUCUUGGACAUGCUCACUGAGGAGAAUGAGAACUUUGUGGAGUUUGGGAUGGGGGGGCUGUGUAACCUGAGUAUGGACCCUGAAUGCAGAGACAACAUCCUACAGAGCAGCGGGAUCAGUUUAGUCACAAACUGUCUGUCAAGCCGGAGGGAAGAGACCGUCCUGUCAGCCAUCACUAUACUAAUGAACCUCACAACGACCUCAUCGCGCUCUGCGAUCACUGACCCGGCCAUAGUGCAGUGCAUGCUGCGCUUCUCCCUCUCUGAGAGCCCCCGCCUGCGCAACCUGGCCGCUGUGUUCCUGCAGGACUACUGCACCGAGGAGCAGGUGGCCCGAGCGGAGCAGCAGAUGCAGGGACAGCAGACCGCAGUCGGUAUCCCGCUGCCCGAGGACUAAGUUACAGCUGAGGUGUCCAUGUGAGAUAAGUUUUCUCUCUAUGAGAGAGACAUAUUUAGAAAUAUUUAACACUAUACGACCAACAAUAUAUGAUAUUGUUGAACACCACACUCCACAACCUUGGCCGUUAAUCUGCUGCAAUAAGAGCCUCAACUCUUCUUGUUUCAGUCUUUCCACCAGAUGUUGAACCUGGCUGCAGGGAUUUGCUCCCUUUUAGCCACAUUAGUGAGGUCCAACCCUCACAGUCGGUGUUUCACUUCAUUCUAAAGGUGUUUGAUCGGGUUGAGCUCUGUGCAGGCCAGUCAAGUUCUUCCACACUAAACUGUGAAAACCGUUUCUUUAUGGAGCUGGAUCUGAGCACGGGGGCAUUGUCAUGAUGAAACAGGAAAGGGACAAAUGCAAAAUGUUGCCACAAGGUUGGAAGUGAUAUUUUUAUUCUCUAAAAUAUCACAGCAGAAUUAAGAUUUCACAUUCAACAAGAAGUGUUCAUUCCUUUGCCUUUUGAAGUGAUUUCCUAAAGCCUGGUGAAGAUGCUGGAGCAUGUCAAAGCCAACUGUUUGACUCCUGCACUCUAUAAAACUCCCAUGUCCUGAAACAUUAAUCCAAACCCCAAAUAUGUAAAAUAAAAAAUCCUAAAUAAACCUCGAGUUUCCUCCGUAAGAGCCAGGGGCCCUGUUUGUUUUCUUCUGGGCUCUUAAGAGCUAUUUCUGGGCCUUCAGGUCUAGACAGAAGACGACAUCUGAUCCUGCAGCCCAGCGUCAGUUGGACACAUGCACAUGUAGCUGACUCCAGAGGAAAUUCUUUACAGCUUUCAGUGUCUGUGACACUCGCUCAUUUUAAACUCUACAAAGUUCUCAUUUUCAGUCGGUGUGUGUGGAAGUGUGUGUUUCUGAAUGGCAUUCCAAGGGCUUAAGAGGCGUGCACCUGCCGCCGAGAUCAAUAAAAAUACCUUCAUUCUUCCCGUAAUAAGAGAAACACCCAUGCCUGGUUUUAAUAAUGUGGUAAAAUAUUUAUUUCAAGUUGAUGUAAAAAAGGAAUGAGUGAACCUGAGUGGUUCAACAUCUAUAACAAGACUGACCAUCAGUUUACUGUACAGUGGCUCAACGAGACAGCCGCUUAGUUACGGAUCGUUCUGCAUCUUUUGGGUUCAAGUUUCUAUUAUCUAUAUUAUUAAGCAG